AUGAAUGGAGACAACGCCUUUGCAAAGAGACCCAGGGAUAAUGCUAAAACAUCAAAGAAGAGAAGCAAGAAUCCCUGGAGACAAGUCUGUGACCCUGCACUACAUUUGGUAACUCUCAGUCCAUUCUGGAAGGUGGGAAGGGAGUCAGCCAGCAGCAUUAAAGCCCUACUGUGUGCCAUGGGAGAAGCUAGGGCCUUCGAUGAUAUUGCCAAAUACUUCUCUAAGAAAGAGUGGGAAAAGAUGAAAUACUCGGAGAAAAUCAGCUAUGUGUACAUGAAGAGAAACUAUGAGACCAUGACUAAACUAGGUUUCAAUGUCACCCUCCCACCUUUCAUGCAUAAUAAACAGGCCACAGACUUCCAGGGGAAUGAUUCUGAUAAUGACCGUAACCGCGGGAAUCAGGGUGAGUAG